AUGUCCGCUCCGCCAGCUGAUGCCGAUCCCGAUGAUCUCGAAGUCGAAGCAGGCGAUGGACAACCCACUUUGCUCGUGAGCGAGUUUCCUCCAGCACCUUAUUAUUACGCUCUCGCAUCCGAGGGCAAAUUGAAACCACCUCCCAUUCCAACCGAAGCACUGGCAAGAGGCACUCGGAAGGCAGCGGCUGCGGGUGCCAAGGCUCGGGCAGAAACAGAGCGUUUGCGUCUCAACGACACGGGUGCUAUUUUGGGAGGAGUCCAAGAAGAUAUGGAAGAAGAGGGAGAUGUGGUGGCGGUCUUUGGAGAGAUUGUGGAGGAUCCAUUGUUGGUGGAACCACAAGAUUAUUGCGAAGAUCCAAAUGCUAUUGCGGAAACUGUGAAAAAAUUGAAUCGUCAAGUUCUCGAAGAUUUUGUCAGUUUGGUCCAGGAUUUGGUGCAUCGACCAGCCGAAAAUAAAGUCACUCGAGAUCAAUUAUCACACAAUAUCUUUUUGAUGUUGCAAGAGACCAACAAGUUUAGAGAACACCAAGCUAGAGAAUUUCUUAUUGAAGUAUUGGAAAAACAGUUGGUACAACGACAAACAUUGCUGGAAGAACUGCAGGAGGGAAUGCAGCAUGUUGAUUCCAUAGUGCCAGCAGAGGAAUUGAAGGCUCUAGAAGAGGCAGAAGCAGAAGAGCUGGCCAAGAAGGAGGCAGAGGCGAAUGCUAUGCAAGUGGAUGGCGGAAAUUGA